UUUCCAGUUGUUAUUUGAGCCUAUUAUUUAUUCCUUUUCGUAUCAGUGAACUGUAAAGUUAAGACAAUAAUAAUUUUCACGGUAUUCAUACGUUACUACUGCUGGGCAAGGUUCUUUAUUAAAGGGAAAUUUGGUCUACCAACUGGAUUUUUAAUUACGUCUACAGAGGUGAAGUAGUGUAAUAAUAUUUGUAGCUUAUUGACGAAAGCAUAUUUUCUGACACUGAUUUUUUUUAGCAACCAUCUAUUCAUAAUGGCAGCUGUUUGGUCGGCAUCUGCAGCGCCGUUUUAUACAACAGUUUGUAAUCAAGAAAUUGGAUGCGAGACUGGUUUUUACUGCGAGACCGACUUUACCUGUAAACCCUGCCUUCGCUGUCAGGACCUGAAGAGAGAGCUGCCACCCACAUCCAUGGCUUGUGUCACUUCCAUUCUCGAAUGUGGACCAUGCGUUGAUGGGUUAAAAGAAGACCCCAAUAUGGCCCAGUGUAUUAUGUCAAUAGAGCAAGGUCUGCCGACGUGGGCUAUCAUUGGCAUUGUGACGGGCUCGCUUCUGCUCUUUAUUUUAAUCUGCGCUAUUGCUGCUCACAUUCUACGUAAUUUACUAUAUCUCAAGAUUUUUGCUUGUAAGUAUAAAUAA